UUUUUAGGCGGUGUAGUGCAUCUACCGAAUUGCCCCGCUAAGGACGCCAAUGACGCAUACAAGCAUCAAUUCUCCAACCCUGUCACGCUAUCGAGAAUGUCAUCCAUCUUGUCGCAGGUCUCUUUGUUCUUCCUUUCUCCUUACAAAACCAAUCCCAGUAGAAGUUUUGGUUAG